AUGAGCGUUGUCAACAUUAUAAACAUUAAAGUUAUCAAUAACCCUACUUUGUUCACAGCGGACUACCAGUUUGAAAUUACCUUUGAGUGUAUUUCCGAACUUGUAGACGGAUCCUCGGAAAGUAAAGAAUAUGAUCAGGUUCUUGACAGCAUUAUGGUUGGACCUGUACCUCCUGGUGUGAAUCAAUUCAUAUUUCAGGCGCCGGCACCUAACCCUGAUCGUAUACCCCCUAGCGAUCUCUUGGAUGUCACUGUAAUCAUUAUUACGUGUUCUUACAGAGAUCAAGAAUUCGUUCGUGUAGGGUAUUAUGUUAAUAAUGAGUACAUCGAAGAAGAAUUGAGAGAGAAUCCGCCGGAUAAAGUUAUAUUCGAUAAACUUUAUCGAAACAUUUUGGCGGAUAAACCUAGGGUGACUCGGAUGCCUAUCAAAUGGGAUGACUUAAGGGAUAGUCAAGGCCUAAUAUGUAGUGAUGUGUAG